GGCUGCCUGCCUGCGGACGCGCGUGUGUUGACGAAGCUGCUCGUGGCUGUUUGCUUAGGGCUUAUUUUCACUGCCAGGAGCGUGCAAACGGCUGCGGGGGGGUUUGCAGCCUGAGUUUCACCUCCAGGGCAGCGCCUCAGCCUGCCCCUUCCCCUGGCAGCGGCUCUGGCGGAUCCCGCUAGAUUUUAGGUCUGUUACCCGUACGGCAGCCUGAGUUUUUGAAGCUUUUUGCUUGACCGUGACCCGUUCCCACCACAGGACCCUGCUGCCUGUUGAAGUCCCCGGGCAGAGCAGAGCCACCUCCACCAUCUGGUGAAGCUCGUGGUGGCCCAGCCAACCAGACCCUUCCCUGGACGUGGGACGCCAGAACUGAUGUGUGGCUCCGUGGCAGGGUGAAUUUCAAGGAAAAGUGGCAAAAGCCACCACCUACCCUCCACCUGGCCCAGUCGUGGCCAUUUUGGCUCGCUGGCCUGUCCCAAGCUGAACAGGACUUGACAGCAGCUGAGCCACCGCGGCCGGGCCACCGAGGUCUCCAUGCCUUCAGCACAACCCUCUGCCGCAGCACGAGAGGAAAGGAAACGGCGCUAAGAAAAAAAGAGAAGAAAAGGGGACAAUAAGCAAGGUGCGGAAAGGUCUCAAGUUGUGAGAAACUUGGACCUGAGAGGGAAGGAAGCAGCAGCACGCGUUCAAAGUGAAACUGCCCCUACGUGAAACCAGAGUGCCAGUGCAGCUCACAGCUCCGUGAGGAGUCUCCAGCCACCCCUGCAAACCCGAGGGGCUCGGUACUGCACGGCGGGUCCCACGCAGGUGGGGACACUGAUCUCCUGGCACGGGGCUGUGUGUUAGCCGGGCGUUGGGGCUUUCUCCAUGGGGGGAUGCAGCAGCAGGUGUUGCACCCCGAGCAGAAAGACCCCCAAGAGCACCGUCGGGACGAUGCUGCUCCGGGCCCUGGAAGAUCUCUCCGAGCAGGAUUUUAAAAAAUUUCGGGAUGCGCUGGCAGACAGAGACCUGCAGGGCCAGAGGUACAUUCCCUGGGGGCGGCUGGAGAAGGCCGACCAGCUGGAUACGAAGAGGCUCAUGCUGAGUUUCUACGGCAAGGCGAAAGCCCUGGACGUGGCGAUAGCCACUCUUGAGCAUAUCCAAUGCCGCGACAAGGCCGCCCGGCUCCAGGAAAGGAAAGAGGAAGCCCUGGGUCUUGAUUCAUCGUCACCAGAUUACCAGAGGAAAUACAAAGAAGCCAUAUGCCGGGAGUUCAGCCACAUAAAGGACCAAAACGCCCGGAUGGGUGAAAACGUGGACCUGAACACCAGGUACUCGAAGCUGGUGAUCGUCACCAAGCACCUUGACGAAGAGCAACGGGAGAACGAGAUCAUGGCCAUGGGACAGAGGCCCGCAGAGAUCAUGAAGGAGCAAGCCAGCUCCUCCAUUGCUGUCGGUGACCUCUUCAAGCCUGACUCCAAGGGCUGGGCUCCCAAGGUGGUCGUGCUCCUGGGAGCCGCGGGCAUGGGCAAGACGAUGACGGCCAGGAAGAUCAUGCUGGACUGGGCAUCCAACGAGUUGUUCAUGGAGUUUGACUACGUCUUCUACAUCCACUGCCGGGAGGGCAACCUCCUCACCCCCAGUUCCAGCGUGGCCAACCUGAUCACGCGGUGCUAUCCUGGCAGCAAUCUGCCCCUCGACGAGGUGCUGAGGCAGCCGGAGAAGCUCCUCUUCGUGAUCGACGGCUUUGAUGAGCUGCGCUUUUCCUUCGACCUGCUCCUGUGCGAGCCGCACUCCCGGCCCAAGGAGGGACCGGUGGAGGUCACCCUGAGCAGCCUCUUGUGUAGGAGGGUCCUGCCCGAGAGCUCCCUGCUCAUCACCACAAGGCCGGCCGCCCUGCAGAAACUGGGCAAGUGCCUGAUCUGCCAGCGCUACGCUGAAAUCCUGGGGUUUUCAGAGGUGGAGAGGAAGGAGUAUUUCAACACGUUUUUCCAAAACACGGAGCAGGUGGCUGCUGCCUUCCAGUUCGUCAGAGGUAACGAGACGCUCUUCACCAUGUGCCUGGUGCCCAUCGUGUGCUGGAUCGUCUGCACCGUCAUGAAGCAGCAGCUCGGCUGCAGAGGAGGUCUCACCCAAAGCCCGAAGACGACGACAGGGAUCUACACCCUUUACCUUUCCGCCCUGCUCCAGUCUCUGAGCAGCCAGCUGAAGCACGACAUGCCCGGGGUGCUCAGGAGGCUGUGCUGCCUGGCGGCCGACGGCGUCUGGAAGCAGAAGGUCCUCUUCGAGGAGAAGGAGGUGCAGAGGUAUGCACUGGACCAGCGAGAAGCCCUCCCGCUCCUCCUCAAUGAGCACAUCUUCCAGAGGGACAUCUCCUGCGUCAGCACCUACAGCUUCAUCCACCUCAGCUUCCAGGAGUUUUUCGCCGCGCUCUUCUACCUGCUGGAAGAUGAAGGGGAGGUGAGGGACCUCCCCGCCGGUCCCACCAGGGAUGUGAAGGAGCUGCUGGAGAGCUACGGCAACUCCAGGAACUACUCCAUGCUAACCGUGCGGUUCCUCUUCGGACUCUUAAAUGAGGAACACAGGAGGAAGCUGGAGGAGGAGAUGGGGUGUAGAAUCACACCCAGGAUUACGCAGGAAUUACUGGCGUGGCUUCAGAACAGCCAGAAAACGGCCCUAGCUCUUCUGAUGCAGAAGACGGCGGUGAUCCGCGAGCUGGAGGUCUGCCACUGUCUGUACGAGCUCCAGGACGAGCGGUUUGUGGCGGCCGCCUUGGACCCUUUCACCGGGGUGUACCUCCGAGGGCUCAACCUUAACCGCUUCGAUCAACUGGUCCUUUCCUUCAGCGUCAAAAACUUCCCCAAGCUGGAGUCGCUUGACAUGGGGCACUGCUCCUUUCUGUGGGACGACCCCGAGGACUGCAUGGACCCGCAGCCGGCCAAGAAGGCCUGUGGGAAAAACCAGCAAGAGGAGGGGAAGCAGUCACCCAUCCACCUGCUCUGUCAAGCCUUGGAAAAAUCAGGCUGUAAAUUAAAGAUGUUAAGGUUCGACCGGUGUCAGCUCACAGGCCCCUGCUGCGGGGCUCUGGCCUCCGUUCUCAGCGCAAAAUCCACGCUGACGGACCUGGACCUGGCUGGGAACGAAGACCUGCGGGACGACGGCGUGAAGCUGCUGUGUGAGGGGCUGAGAUGUGGCACCUGCCAGCUGCAGACACUGCGGCUGGGCUGCUGCAACAUCACGGCCACCGGCUGCAAGGACCUGGCCACCGUGCUGGGUGCCAUGCCCAGCCUGGCGCAGCUGGACCUGAGUGACAAUCCUCUGAAGGACGGCGGCGUGCGGGAGCUGUGCAGGGCACUGGUGGGACCCGGCUGCAGCCUGGAAAAGCUCUGGCUGUGGCGGUGCCGGCUGACGGAUGCGAGCUGCGGGACGCUCGCCGCGGUGCUCCCCGCCAGCCCCAGCCUGACGGAGCUGCACCUGGGGGAAAACAAGCUGGGGGACAGAGGCGUGCGGCGGCUGAGCGAGGGCCUGCGGGAUCCUGCCUGCCGGCUGCAGGUGCUGAGGCUGUGGCGGUGCCGGCUGACGGAUGCGAGCUGCGGGACUCUCGCCGCGGUGCUCCCCGCCAGCCCCAGCCUGACGGAGCUGCACCUGGGGGGCAACAAGCUGGGGGACAGAGGCGUGCGGCGGCUGAGCGAGGGCCUGCGGGAUCCUGCCUGCCGGCUGCAGGUGCUGAGCCUGUGGCAAUGCCGCCUCACCGGCGCCUGCUGCGAGGACCUCUGCGCCCUGCUCAGCACCAGCCGGAGCUUGGAACAUCUCGACCUGAGCGAGAACGACCUGGGAGACGGCAGCGUGUGGCUGCUGUGCGAGACGCUCAGGAAUCCCACCUGCGUCUUGCAGGUGCUGUGGCUGAAGAAAUCUGGGUUAAAUGAAGAGACGUUACAGAAGCUGGCUGCUCUGCAAGAAGCAAAACCCAACCUGAAUAUAGGAUACAUUUGACAAGCAGGACUUGCUUCAGCGAGGGGCUCUGGCCUGGCGGCUCACCGACGGAGCUUGCACGCAUGUUAAGAGGAGAUGAGGGGUCUGGGAGAUGUUUCUUCUAUUUCCGAGAGGUCCUUUUAGUGCCGAAAGCGCCUUCCAACAGGCGCAGCUGGGCUCUGGCUGAUCGCCCUGCGGAGCGUAGGAAUUGCCGCCUGCAGCUGCGACGUGUUUGUGCAUUGCAGGUCCCGAUCGGACCAUCUCCAGGGUCCUGGGUGGGUGGGAAGGGCAGGGGCUGAGGCCGCAGCAAACCUGGAUGAGGCAACGGAAGGGUCUGAAACGUCAGGGUUUGGUCCCGGGUGUGGGGAGUGCCCCAAACACACCUUGGCUGCAGAGGCUUUUCUUCACUACCCGUGAUGAUUGGUACAUUGAUGAGGGUUUCUGUACUUCUGUCUGAUCCUGUAGUUUCCAAGGAGGUCUUCUCCCUCUCCUUUUUGCAAAGAACGCUUGCAUUAUACCCGCAAUAAAUAAAGAUC